AUGUCCCUGAAAGGUAAAGUUGCAAUUGUCACUGGAGCGUCUCGCGGUUGUGGUAGAGGUAUUGCACUACAACUCGCCGAAGCGGGGUGCACAUUAUUCAUAACCGCUCGGUGCCCAGAAGAGAGUUUAUCAUCCCAACUAACCUAUCUACCAACACUGGAAGACACAGCUGUAGAAUGCAGAAAACGUGGUGGAACUUGCUAUCCUCAUUAUAUAGAUCACAGUGAUAUGGCAGCGGUGGAAGAGUUUUUCAAUAAAGUUGCACGAAAGACAGACAAUCAGUUGGAUAUUUUAGUGAAUAACGCAUUCUCGGCAGUCACAAAAUGCGGAUCUGGAGACACUCGAAAGUUUUUUGAAAAAGAUCCUGAAAUCUGGGAUGACAUCAACAAUGUGGGACUUCGCAACCAGUACUACUGUAGUGUGUUUGGAACGAGGAUAAUGAGCAAGAAUGGGAUGAAGGGAUUCAUUGUGAACAUUAGCUCACUUGGAGGAAUCAUGUAUCUUUUUAAUGUUGCCUAUGGAGCCGGAAAAAUGGCAAUCGACCGAAUUUCGUCAGAUAUUGCUCAUGAGUUGAGAGACACAGAUAUUACUGUCGUUUCCUUGUGGCCAUCUGCAGUAAGAACCGAGUUAAUUAUCAACAUGCUGGAAACAUCAGCUGGGUCAUGGGGAAAGACAGAGAAUGAAAUGUUUUUGAAUGGAGAGUCUAUAGAAUACUGCGGCAAAGCUGUUGUUGCAAUUGCAUCUGAUCCAAAAAAGAAAGUAUGGAAUGGAUCGACAUUGAUCACUACGGAUAUGGGUUCAUAUUAUGAGUAUACUGAUAUUGAUGGUCGUAUUCCUACCAACAUGCGAUGCCUUCGUGGACUCCUCAUGCUGGCUGGUCACCAAACUAUGGCUAGUUGGUGUCCAGUAUGGAUCAAUCUUCCUGGUUGGGCUCUCACCUUGUGGCAGAACAAAAUCAAUCACUAA